GAUAUCGAAAAUGAAGUAGAACCAGAUGAAAUGUUGCAUUUACGAUCUGCUGAUAAUCAUUCUCUGUGGAAUGAUACUGUACGAGUUUGGAACGAGACAAAACGAGAGUGCUUUGCUGGUUUUCUUGUAUUUUUCGGCACGUUGGCGGCUUUCCCGGCGUUAUCAUCACUGGUCGAAACAACAGCGGAAAAUGUUAUUUGGAGAAAUUAUUUCACAUCAGUUGCUUGCUUCUUGCUGUUCAACUGUGGCGACGCGUUGGGUCGUUUGCUUGUGAAUUUCGCUAUCCCAGGUGAGAAAAGCCUGUUGACUUUAUCGUUGCUGCGAUUGCUGCUCAUCCCCAUAUUUUUCUUUUGCAACAUAAAUCCUCGUUAUCAUUCGGCGACAUUCUUCCACAGCGAUAAAGCAUUCAUCGCCACAAUGAUUUUAUUCUCCAUUUCAAAUGGUUUCCUUUUCACGGCAACGACCAUCAGUGCUACGCGGUAA